UACUGAUCUUUGCGUGAUGUGUAGCGGACCGGACGUUUGCUGGCUGUGUUCUGGGAUCGUGAGUUGUCAUGCCAACACAGUGUGUACUACCUGCAAUAAAGGGUCAAAAAGUGGAGACCCAGCCGGGAACACCUGGCUACAGAAAGUGGUUCCCAUUUGCCUCUUCCUUGCCAGUAUCUUUGUCUCCUUGGUGACCGUGGUUGUGGCUCUGUACCGGCGACAAAAGAGGGCGCUGCAGCUCAGGACGCACCAGUCGCUGAUCGGUGCCUUAGAGGUAAACUCGGAAUGUCGUUGCCUCGGUGCCCAAAUCAACCAAACCGAAGUCUCGUUGUGUCAGUGCGAAUCCUCGGGAUUCAAGGUCAUUUUUAGGACAAGGGUGGUGGAUCAAGGGAACGGUGACAGUAACAAAGCGGCCGUUUGUGAACUUCGAGACGAAGGAGUUUUAUCGGAGCGUGGUUGUGUUGAUGAAAGCUGUGCUAAUCACCCGAGCAACAUCCAGACCGCUGAAGGUAUUGGAUCGUCUUGUGUAGAGACACAUGCCGGGGAAAUGAUAACACAGGGGGUUGAGACCGCGUUUUGUGACAAAUGUCAUAGAUUCGCAAGACAGUCUGUCACGAACUCUCAGCAGGAGAGCGCAAACCACGGCAAUGUCGCUUUUAGCGUCUCAAUUGACAGUGUGAUCUCUAGAAAUGACAAUGUUUCCUUUCCAACCCAAAGUUCAACGGAGGUGAAUUCUGAGCCAACAGACAGCCGUUUGUUCGAUCGGGUGUUGUUUUCAUCUGGCUUGCGUUAACGGA